UCGUCCUUCGAUGAUUUCCCAUUUCCACAGACGGCCACAUGUGCAACAGGGAUUUAGAAAAUUUGAAAAGGUGGAAGCCGGACGAGUACCUCGCAAUCCAGAGGGCGGAAGUUUUGACACCGCAAGGUGUGGAAGAUAUGAGGUUGCUCGCCAGACGAUUGCAAAGCAAUUUCCCGCAGCUUCUUCACUCGAACAGCGAGCACAUAACGGCGGAAAAUUACACGUUUAAAACAACCGAUGCGCGCGAAGGCAGCAUUGGCUCGUUCAUAGAGGGAUUGUUCGGCAACAGAGAGGCGGUACCUGUAGACGAAGUUCCUAGUAACGAUACCUUGCUAUCGGUAUAUAAAACCUGUAACGUAUGGGAUAGCGAUAGUGGCAACGUCUCCGUCGAGGAAGUAAUCAUGUUCGAAGAAGGGCCGCAGUUCAAAAAUUUGAUACAGAACGUCAGCCGCCGACUCGGAUUUUUGUACGACAUUUCCAAAGAGCCAAUCCUGGCGAUGUACGAUAUGUGUCGUUACGAAAAGGCCUGGACGGUGACGAAACUUUCUCCUUGGUGCGCCGUUUUCAGCAAGGAGGAGCUUCGUGUGCUGGAGUAUCGCGAGGAUCUCCACUAUUAUUACAAGGCCGGAUAUGGACGUGAAAUCAAUGCGCAGCUAGGAUGCACGCUUUUGCAAGACAUGAUGAAUCACUUUUGGAAACUGGAACAAAACGGGGACUCGAACGAGCCGAACGGUGUAUUCUACUUUGGCGACAUUAUAAGUCUGCAGAACCUCCUGACCACGUUGAACAUUAACAAAGAUCAUGAGCAGCUGACGGCCUUUAAUUACAAAGACAUGGCGAAACGUAAAUGGCGGACGUCAUUCAUAUCGCCUUUCGCCGCGAAUCUCGUCGCUGUGUUCUACAGAUGCGACGUUAGCGGCCAACCGAACAAAGUGAUGUUUUACUUGGCCGAGAAGCUGGUCAUGCUCGACGGAUGUGACGUGGGCCUCUGCGACUGGGAGUAUUUGAAGCACAGGUUCAACCCGGUUCUCAAGCAGUGCGACCUCAACGUUUGCUGGAACGGAAACGGCGUUGCCACUCUCGCUGCCAAUCUCGUCCUCGUCCUUCUCCCGUGCUUCACUCUAGUCUUCGUAAGAAAGUAAAAAGGACGUAGCGAAUAAUACGCGCGUUGUCGAUGUCCGUUAAUUAUAGGAAAGAUGUACGCAUAAUACGUUGGACGUGCAUAAACACGCGUAUAAAACUAACUACUACUGGCUAUUCAACGUAAGACCAAAUUCUAAUUCCAACAAAAACAAAUUGAACCAUCGUUGCAAACGUUCGCAAACAUUCCGCUGUGCUUUCAAAAUCGCCAAAAAGUCGUUUAUACUAUUUAACGUCUUUUAUUCCUACUCUGCCAGCUACACGUAAUUUAUCUACGCAUCUACUGUUAAUCGUCAUCCUCAUUUGUUUAUACGUCACGAAUAUGUAAAUGAAUAUUAUUUAUAUUUCCUGAUAGUAUUUCCGUCCGACGACCGCGCAAAAGUAUAUAAAGCGUAAUGCACAAUUACUCUCGCAUUGUUGCUUCGAAUUCUCUCCCGUUCAAAUUUUGCGACAGAGGCAAGAGCAACGUGAUUCUCAUACGCUUAAUAAUAAAACGGCGAAACAUUCGAAAUAUACCAAAAAGCCCUCCUCUCGUACGUUUUAUCUUACUCGUAAUUCGAAUUAUCCUCUAAACAAAUCUACGACCAAAUAAAUUGCUAAUAUAUA